UCCAUAACGGCACUUUGCGAUGUAGACCCACUCUCAUUGAACCGGAGCGGCUGAAGGACUUUGGAGAGGAAGAUCUUCUCAAUGGAGAUGUGAGGGUCUAUGACACAAAGGUUGUGGGCGGGCCCCAAAUCAUGCUCAUGGACCCACCCAAGACCAGACGAGUGAGUGAGUUCAAGGCUGUCCCCAAACCCCCAGCACAGUACCUUCGCUUUGAGGACAUCAGUGCCGCCGCUUUCAGGAUCCAGACAGUGAUACAGAAGACACCAUGCACGUACUCCAGACUGUCCAAACAGUAUGGGAUGGAGCUCUACUUCAAGAAGGAGCACCUGCACUACACUGGCUCAGUGAAGGAGAGAGGUGUUCUGUACCUGCUGACCUCCCUCACACAGGAGCAGCAGAUGAAGGGGGUGAUUGUGGCCACUGACUGUAACUUCUCCAUGGCUGUGGCCCAUCAUGCAGCAGAGCUGAACAUCCCUGUGUUUGUCAUCAUGCCAUCGUGCUGCUCCUCACCACGCCUCAGGACCUACAGAGAUUACGGUGCCAUGGUCAUCUCCUAUGGCAGCGUCGCACAGGACUCACAGUACCAUGCACGCCAUCUGGCCAAAGAGAAUGAAUACCUCUACUUGGAAGAAGAUGAAAGUGCAGCAUACCUGGCAGGACUGGGAACAAUUGGCAUGGAGAUCUACCAACAAGUGCCCAAACUGGACGCGGUGCUGGUGCCUGCAGCUGGACAGUACGGGCUGCUGGCUGGCACGGCCGCAGCCAUCAAACACCUCAACUCACAUAUUCUUGUCAUAGGUGUUGAACCAGAAGGUUUCCCUCUGCUUCUACAAUCUCUGAAAACAGACAGCCCAGUCAAACAGAUUCACAGCAAACCAAAUAAGAAACUCUUUGGAGAUCUUACAGAGCGCUCUCUGGGUAUUAACACCUUCCAGCUGGCAAAGAACCUCGUAGACAAACUCAUCUCUGUCAGUGAGGAAGACACUCUGGUGGCAAUGCUGAGGUUUCAGGAGUUUGAGCGCUCCACUGUGGACACAGAGGGAGCCAUGGGCCUGGCCGCCAUCCUGGCCGGACACCUACCCGAACUGAGAGGCAAAAGGGUGGCUGUGGUGGUGAGCAGCGCCAACAUGGAGCCAGAGCUGGUCAGGCACUGCAUGGACCAAGCCCUGGUGCUGGAUGACCGGGUCAGUAAGUUCUCAGUGCAGCUGGGAGAAUGUCCAGGAGACAUGGCCAAGCUGCUGGACAUCUUGUCCAGAGAGGACGUCAGAUUGUUGGAUAUCUGCCAUCGCAGACACAGCGACAAGUCAGAACUCUUCACAGCCAAGGUGGAGUGUGUGGUGGAGACCAGGGAUAAAUCACAGAGCAUCCAGCUGCGUAAGACACUAAAUGAGCGCUACCCGUCUAUACACUGGCUUGACCGGUGAUCAUGACAGCAUCCAGAAUGCCAACAACAGUUAUGUCAGCAAACGUAAUGGUGAAAGAUGAUACAUGUACAUAAAAUGAGAUAAUCUGCAAACACAUCAUGUAAAACACUUUUAUCUUGUAUGACCUGUUUUAUGAAACUUGCUGCAGUUCAGUAAGUUGAUGUGAAUACAGAAAAGCCUUGAGAUUAUAGAGCAAAUAUGAGUAACUGUGCUGCUAUUAUUCUUUUAUAGUGCUUAUGUUGCAUUACGAGGAUGAAUGUAGUUGUAAGUCUCAUUGCAUGAGCAGCGGGUGCAGAUUGUUACGAUACUGUAACAAUCAUCACAGCACCAGAUAAUUUAUUAAUAUAUUUUAGAUACUUCUGUAUUUAUAGUCUGAAGUAGUCAUGUCGAAUGAUGUAAAAAUGUGUUCUUUAAAUAAAACUGGACGUACA